CUUCAGAAAAUAUUUAUUUCAAAUAUAAUAAUGUGUUUACUUUUUAGGCUUGUCAUAUGGUUUUAUGUGUCUACAACUGAAUAGAAAAUGAUCAAAGUUUGGGAUAAAAUUAUGUAUGUGAAAGAUUUAUCAUGUAACUCAAAGGAUUAUUAUUAUUACAUCCGCAUGUAGUGAUAAUGUCUUUAGACAAAAUAGAGAAUGCUAUGUUUUAAACAAACUUCUCUACGUUUCUCCAACACGCAUCACCCAGUGGAAAUGAAUUGGUACUUUCCUUAGUUUGACGUCACGUAUCUCCGGACACAUCCGUACACGGAGAGGCAACACUCUUGUCGUCACAUACCGGAAAAUAAUGGAAAAGACACCAAACAACCACUCCGGUGGAGUCUGUAAAAGUACGGAAGACUGCGCCAUUUGCUUGGACACAAUUCAGGACAAGAAAACGUUAAAGUGCUUUCACUCUUUUUGCUCUGUGUGUAUCGAUUCGGUUUUCAAGUUGAAGCCUGCAUGUCCGAUAUGCAACACCUACCACGGAGAGUACACGGGGACCCAGCCGGAGGGCACGAUGACGGUGAUGCGCAGCUGGCAGUGCCUGCCCGGCUUUAAGCAGUGCGGAUCUCUUGUCAUACAGUACAGUUUUCCAGCAGGGAUACAAGGGCCUGAACACCCAAACCCCGGGGUGAGGUACAGCAGCACCUCUCGUACUGCCUUCCUGCCAGCCAACGAGGAGGGGGAAAAAGUCCUGAAGCUGUUGAGGAAAGCCUUCGAGAGAAGACUCACCUUCACCAUCGGUCGAUCUGUCACCACAGGCCUCAACAACGUCAUCACCUGGAACGACAUUCAUCACAAGACCAACAUGGAAGGUGGUCCACAAUGCUUUGGAUAUCCAGAUCCAGACUAUUUGUUCAGGGUUAAAGAGGAGCUUCGUGUUAAAGGAGUAACACAGGAUGACUGAUGGGGGAAGACAAUCAGAAGACAUUCUUCAAAUGGAGACUUUGUAUUGUCACAAAGUCUUUGAUUUCAAGACGGACCUUUCGCAGUCCUCAAGCAGGGAUGGAGAUAACUGGCGCUUUAAAACGUUGUUAUUCUAUGAAGUUGAUACAUGGAGCUUUUAUCUUGAGACCUGAAGGUUAGUGGCUUUUCCCAAAGAGUUUUCAACUGUCAACUGACUAUGCAAAACAAAUACUUUAAACACACUCUGCACAGUAUGUGAUCCAACAAAACAAAUACUACAGUACAGUAAAGUGAAAGGGUUAUACCAAUCAUCAGAUUUCACUAAUGAAAAUGUAUUUUAUAAAACUGAAUCACAGGUAAAAGCAGACAUGAGACAGAACAGGUGGUCAAAUAACUUAUUAUGAAUGAAUAAUAUGAUAUGAGGGAAAUGGAUAGGUAAAUGAGACAUAAUAGUGGAGAGGGCCUAAUAACGGUGCAGUGUAUUAUGUUUAAAUGAUAAUGUGAUAUUCUAUAUUUCUCCUAUUGUCAACAAACCCCAUGAUAAGACCAAAACCAACAAUCAUUGAUCCCUCUAGCAAAUGUUGCCUGUAGCUAAAGUGUAUAUAAGAUGUAGCUUAUUCUUCUGUGCCAUGGACCACCAUUGUUUCCAAAACCUAAUAAAAACAUGUUCUUUCAUUACAGUGAAACAGUGGACACUGUAGUUUGUUUUAGGUCGAUCACACAUACACAGCCCUGCUGCUGAUAAUAUUCACUAACGAACAAAUGCACAACUUACUCCUGUGUGAGUAACAUUUGCUAAAAACUACAGUGCACAGCUGUUUUAGGAAAUAAUUGAGCUGUUUUUUGUGUCACAGAUUUACAUCUUCAAUAAGAAGGAAUGGACUCAGGGAUGAGUUUGACAGACAGGCCAGGGAAGUCAUAAAGUGUUGAUAGAUGAAUUUAAGUUAAGUUUAAGUUGGUCCUUUGAUGGAAUAUGUUGACAAUAAGAAAACAUUUAGAAUUCCACCAGUCUUAUCAUAUAGCACCUUUUAAUACUUCAAUUAUUAAAUUAUGUUGUGCCUUUUAUGUGACAUCAGUCAACGUACUAGUGUCACACGUCUGAUCUGAAGUCCGGUCUUUUAGUCCAAAAACAACGUUGGUAUUUUGCAGUCCUGCCUUUUGCCUGUUUGGUCCACUAGAGGGCGCUGCUCUCCUCUACAAGAGACGAUGUGACGGUGUCUGCUUGGCAUGCAGCUGUAUCAUCAUCUCAAACCCACAGUCCUGCGGCACCUCCCAAACCUCAUUGCCCAAAGUCAGUGAGAAAGCAGAGCAUCUGCUAUAGAUGAUGAGUCAUGUGUUUCUAUGGUGCUCGGGGCAGUUUUAGCAGCAGCGCACUUGCAGUGUAUGUACGACGGAGAGAAUGACUAUCACCUUGUGUUUGACCACAAUGAACUGAUCGCCUCUGGACUUCUGAUGGCAGUGCAAAUACGGUUAAAGAUGAGUUAUGGUAGUUACAUGCAGAGACAAACACAUUCAAUUCAAAAGAUCAACAAAGACAAAAUAAUUCAAGGCUCAUCUGUUGUUGAAUGAAGUGUCCUAGCCAUCACUAGCAAAAAUACACAUGAAAAUAUUGCAAACAGAGAAGCGCUGUAUAGUUUUAAAUCUCUUUUCAGGCAGCGAAGCAGGACACACGAGCUCUGCUUUUCACUUUUCGCUUGGCUCUCUGACCAGCAUUUAACCAUGUUGCAACUGAAUAUAAUUAAUAUCAUCCAGCUGAUCAUCUUAGUGGCAACACUACAGAGUUCUGGGAUGAAAUACCUUUAACCUAUAUUUCUAUCUCAGAAAGAGUGCACAUGUGACAUGGCUUACAGUUACUUGACUUGUCCUCUUUAGCGCUCUGCUGUUUAGCGGCUGGGGGCAUUUCUGUGGCCUCGGAUCUCAGGGCAUCUGCUGCUCUCACAAAGCAGACCAGAACCCAUCUGGUCAAACAUUCCCCUGCCCCCCCCCCCCCCCCCCCCCCCCCACCUCGCCUUUUCUCCCAACAUUCAUUCAGUCAAGCUCAUCCAUUUCUCAUUAUCAUCCCUUUUCCUCUCUUGUCUCUUUAUCAAUUAUUAACUGUUGUUAUUUUACAAUUAUUUUCCUUUCUGUUUUAAUGUGUAGAAGUACAUACCUGAUAUAUGAUUUAAAAAAAUAAUAUGUAUAUAUAUAUAUAUAUAUAUAUGAUAAUAUAUACAUAUAAUCACUAUGUUUUAGACCUUUUAACAGAAGAAUGACUUCCAGUGACAGACUGGGAAAUUGGCUUUCUGAAUAGUGGAGCAGAUUGUGACAUAAAAAGAAAAAUGGAGCACUGAACAUAUGGUACUGAAAACACUGAAGCUGAAGACGGUGUCCAUAAGAAGACAUCAUCCCAUCUGACUGUAUUUCUUCAGGCAUUAUUGUUCAAAUGCAAAUGAUAUGGCUUAAACUGAAAUAAAACGGCAUGGACUCAGUAUUUUGUCUGCACUUAUAAAGUAAGACUUUGGGUCCAGAAUGUUCAUUAAA